UUCGUAGUUGCAUCCCCCCCUCCCCGCUCCGCGUUUCCAACUUGUGUACUGUUGCAUUUGUCAUGCUCAGCUGUCACCAUGAAUUAAUAGCCUCCAAAUAUAUGUAUGCAUGUGAUAUAAAUCUGCGGCAGCCUAGAUAUAAUUGUGCAGAAUGUUCCUUUACACCUACCCAUCUCAAAGCACAGUGUUUGCGUUUCUUUGAAGAUACUGAGAAGAGCGGUGCAGUUUGGAAAAGCGCAGAGUACAUUGGGUCUUGUUAUGCAGUGUAGGCUGGCCUUGAACUUGCUUGUGUAGCCCAGGCUGGCUUUGAACUCAUGGCAAUCCUCUUGCCUCAACCUCCUGAGUGCUGGAAUUACAGUUUACGCCUGCGAGGGGCCAUUUCCCGGGCGCAGACCCGCCUCCCGCUCACUCCCGUGCAGCUUUCUCACCGGCGAAACUACACUUCCCAGAAUCCUCUUCGUCGCCGUCGCUCCGUAGGAGGUGUUGGGCGAAUCUGCAGACGCUCUGCGAAGCUGCGCGGGUGAGAGAAGCACGGGCCGACCGGCGAGACCCUCUGGCCCUGGCUCAUCCCAGAUGGCUCGGAGGCAGGACGAACAGCGAGCGGGUGCGCCUUUGAUGGCGGAAAGCAAAGCCGAGGCAGAGGUUAAGCUUAUUCUGUACCACUGGACGCACUCCUUCAGCUCUCAAAAGGUGCGCUUGGUAAUUGCUGAAAAGGCAUUGAAGUGCGAAGAACAUGAUGUAAGUCUGCCCCUGAGUGAGCACAAUGAACCUUGGUUUAUGCGUUUGAACUCAACUGGAGAAGUGCCUGUCCUUAUCCACGGGGAAAACAUAAUUUGUGAGGCCACUCAGAUCAUUGAUUAUCUUGAACAGACUUUCCUGGAUGAAAGAACACCCAGGUUAAUGCCCGAUAAGGGAAGCAUGUAUUACCCACGGGUGCAGCAUUACCGAGAACUUCUUGACUCCUUGCCAAUGGAUGCCUAUACACAUGGCUGCAUUUUACAUCCUGAGCUCACUGUGGACUCAAUGAUCCCAGCUUAUGCGACCACAAGGAUUCGCAGCCAGAUUGGUAAUACAGAGUCGGAAUUGAAGAAACUUGCCGAAGAAAACCCUGAUUUACAAGAGGCUUAUAUCGCUAAACAGAAGCGGCUUAAAUCAAAGCUUCUUGAUCAUGACAAUGUGAAAUAUUUGAAGAAAAUUCUUGAUGAGUUGGAGAAGGUAUUGGAUCAGGUUGAAACCGAGUUGCAAAGAAGAAAUGAAGAAACCCCAGAAGAGGGCCACCAGCCUUGGCUCUGUGGAGAAUCUUUUACCCUGGCAGAUGUCUCUCUUGCUGUCACAUUGCAUCGCCUGAAGUUCCUAGGGUUUGCAAGGAGAAAUUGGGGAAAUGGAAAGCGACCGAACUUGGAAACCUAUUACGAGCGUGUCUUGAAACGAAAAACGUUUAACAAGGUUUUAGGACAUGUCAACAACAUAUUAAUCUCUGCAGUGCUGCCAACAGCAUUCCGAGUGGCCAAGAAAAGGGCCCCAAAAGUUCUUGGCACUACCCUUGUAGUUGGUUUGCUUGCAGGAGCAGGAUAUUUUGCUUUUAUGCUUUUUAGAAAGAGACUUGGCAGCAUGAUGUUAACAUUUAGACCCAGACCAAAUUACUUCUAGUUUUGUUGGGAUCUGGUGGUGGCAACUCACCCAAUCAUUCAGCUAGACUCUUGUCCACUCUUCCAGGCCCAGUGAAGAAUUAUCCCAGGCAACUAGUUAGAAGCAUAAUUCACAUUACUCUUUGGAUAAUUUCUAUGGGGAGAGAUGGUUAUGAAAAUGUUUUUGUAGGCAGAUAAGUGAGAUGACUUGUUUGCAAAUGUGAACUAUAUAUUCUUAAAACAUGUGCAAGGUCAAGAUAUAUAAAUACUGGUAGAGCAUAGACCUUGAACCCAAUCCAUUUCAGGAUCAACUUAAAGUAAUUCAGGGAGAAGGUUAUUAUUAUGAGCAGAAGAAUCAAUAAUCGUGACUACCUAUAGCUCUCCAGUUGAGAUUAUCUGCAUAUGUUGAUUGUUAGGUACAGUGUCUUUCCAUAGAACUCAGAAGUCAUUUUUGUACCCAACACAGAGGUUCAGACAGCAUCAGAACCUCACACUGCUUUAUCUUACCACUGCUAGUCUCAGGCAGAUAUAUGGGAGUCAAAAAGAAGAGAAAGAAGGAAGAAUAGGAGAAUGAAACCUAUACAGAGUAGAGCGGCAGACUGUAACGUCCAGUUUUCUCCAGUGUCACUCAUGGUUGCCUGCUUCUUUGCUAAACACUACAUUUAACUGCUCAUGUCCACAGCUUGCACAUAUACUCCUGUAAUUGAAAACUUUAGGGAAGAGAGGGCUGGGAAGUUACUAGGGAGCAGGGAGCUGGAGAGAAGCCCAAACUUUAUGUAUAUUGUACCUUACUUGACCUUAAAUACUUGUGGACCAUACACAUUGAUUUAGUAAGAUUAAGUGAUUAUAUACUUGAGCCGUGAUGCCCAUUGGAAUAUGUCUGCGUAGCGUUUACAUGAAUGUCUUAAGUGAUACGAAGACUGUUCCUUCUGGCCUUUAAUUCAUUGGGGACCAUGUGAAAUAUUCUUGUCUACCACUGUGUCCAGUUCUGAGAAGCUUGGCCUCUACAACCCUCUUUGUACACGUAAGUGGCAAGUAGAUGAAUGUCCCAGAUCAUAACAUGGGGUGUGGCUGGGUAGUUACUUUUGAGGAAUAUCAAGUACCUUCAACCUUCGUUUUGAUUGGCUAAUACAUUAGUACAAACUGUUGUAUAGGCCUUCCAUCUAUAUAUUUAUGAUUGUCCACAAAGUCUUAAGAAAUUAAAGAGGAAGAGAAAGGGCUAGCCUUUGCCUUUGGCAAUUAAUCAGAGAAGAAAUGUAAUGAGACCCACCUGUAACAUCCAUGUAUGUGAAGACAUUUUGGAGAUACCUCAGUCCACCUGGAGUACACAGUCACAAUCAUUCAACGAGUAGUGGAAUUGUAAUGUAUAGUGUGUCUUCCAAAAAGUCUUCCAUGGUGUCAGGAAAGCAGUUGCUUCUGAGCUGGCCAUCAAGGUCUCCAGAGCAGUUCCAGGCAUCUUGUGGGCAGAUUGUACAGAGAUGAUGAACUCUUUUAGAGCGUAAUAAAAGCUCAUUUGUAUUGUCUCAGGUGGACUGUGAAAAUAGCCAAAGAAUGUACCGAUUCUUUCAUUAAUACAAGCAGUCAAACCUGGGAAGCAAGACUUUUUGAUGGUAAAAUGAUUUUGUACUUCCAUUUUGACUCUACAUUCCAUUUCAUGAUCUAGUUAUUGAAAACCUUGGUAAACUGGAUAUACCCUGUUGAUGAAAAAUUAAAACCUCCAGACUGAACUUAAUCUAAUGGUAAUGAAUAUAGGUUCAGCUUUUAUAAUGUCUUAAUUUUGCAAACCAGUGUAUCACCUCAAGGAGUAUGUGAAUCUGUUUGUUCUCGGAGCAUUCCAAUCUUCGUGCUCAUGAAAGAGUCAUAUAAUUGAUUAUUAACUAAUUUAUAGUGUUUCAGAAUCUUUUAUGACAGUCUGUUAAUAACAAGAACUGAGAUACAAAGAAAUAAAAAUUGGCUUUAAAAAUCUACAAAGGAUAUUUACCUGUGAAAGGGUUGUUGAUUAAGAAUAAAAUAGAAAUCUUAAUUUUCUUUCAAUGUAUAUAUGACUGAAUCAGAGGAAAUCUAGGAAAUAUUUACAACUUUCUUAUAAAAUUUUAUUAGAGAUAUACUUUUGUCAAUAUUAAAGAUGAAGCUUCCUAGCAAUUUUACUUGUUUCAUGGGUACUCUUACCAGGUUUUUUAAAAAAAAAAAAAUUAGUGAUGUAAUGACCGCUAGAUGCCGCUGUUCAUCCAGUGGUCUAAGGGAGUGUUUAUCAGGUUCAGCCUGUUCUCUGAAAUGUUUUAAGGGAAGAUAAACAUGAAUGACCUUAUCUCUGAACGGGACAUCUUCAUCAGAUUAUUCAUCUGUAAAAAAAAGCUUGAGAAAAUGUAACAUGGAUUUCUUUUGCUUUGUGAGUAAUAACAGCACCGUACCAUGUCAAGCUAAACAGUUGAACAUGCACCAUUAGGUAAAUAGGCACUUUUACAUAUCUUCUUUUUCAUGAUCACUAAUGAUUGGCCAGUAUGCUCCUUGUUUUCCAAAAGUGUCACAAGUAGAAAAUGCCUGAGGUAGUAAAACUAUUGGCUAUUAUGUUUUAAUACUCAUACAUUCUCUUUGAUUGUUGUUGUAAUUAUGUCUUCUAAAUCUCAAAUCCUUGUAAAUUGCUUGCUCAAUUUUUAGUAAUUAUUGAUAUUGAUGCCAGAAUUGUAGAUUUUUGUUGGCAUUGACUAUUAUAGAAAAACAAAUAUUCUAUUCUGUCUGUAAGAUUGAUAAACAUAAUUGAAAAAUAAACAUGAACCUGAACACAAA